UGCGCAUGCGUGCAGUGUUGUUAGACGGGCCCGGUUUUUCGCGACCGCACCCAUGGACAGGAAGAGAUCCGUGGAUCACCGUGGAUCACUCACCUACCGGGAUUACCACCUCAGAACGGGGGAAGAACUUUUUGAAACUUAAGAGUUCGGGUAUUUCCCGUAAUGUGCCAUAUCGGUCCUUAAAACCCAGAACGAGAACGGGAAUUGCACAGAUCAAACUAAGCUGAACUAAAAAAAGAAGUCCAAUUCUUUAAUAAAUUCUAAAAAAUUUUGUAGACGUAAUGGCUACAGCGGAAGAAGAAGUUACAGAUUUACUUUGGGAAGAAAUGAAGAUUUUUGCCACCGAACAACAACAAUACUUGUACGAAAUUCUAUCCGAUUAUACGAUAUAUGAAAGUAAUGAACAUAAAUAUCUAAAACAGAAUAUUGGAUAUGCAAUUUAUGGGCCACCGAAGACCAAAGAUACUAGUGCAGAAAAGAAUGAUUGUUGUAGCAAAGAGACAGAAAAUCUAAAUGAUUCAACUGAUAUAGCGGAUUAUGAUAACAAAGAGAAAGAAAUUAUAGAUAAGAUUUAUGAUCAGAUAUGCAAAUCUACUAUAGAAACAAAUGAUUCUCAAUCAAUUUACUUUGGUACAAUUUAUAAUAUGAUAAUCCGUCCUAAAACAGAUAUGAAGCUUAAGCAAGAAGAAGUGGAAAAGGAAGAAAAGGAAAAAUCUAAAGCAGAGAUAAAAGAAGAAGCAAAGAAUGGUGAAAAACAACAGUUUAUCGUAACGCCUAUUCCCAUUUUUAAAAUUGGAAAAAGUGUUCAAAAAAAGAACGUCAAAACUACAAACAGCGCUAAACAAGAGAAUGCACUAACUGCUGUGGAAAUACUGUGCGAAACAUUGAAAUACAUUGAUCUCAGUGGCAGAGCAUACAAAACUUGGGCAGACUAUAAAGAAAAUAAUAACUUACCGCAAUGUACUAUGGUUCUUCCAAAAGAUGGUUUUUAUCAACCAGAUCCAAGUUAUCCAAUUACAGAGGAUUAUUCGACAGUUUGGCUGGAGAUUAUGGAUUCCCCUGCAUGUACGUGGACAGCAAAGCUUUAUAAUGGAAUGGAUAUCACUUCUAGUGUCGUCGGAAUUUGCUCACUUGGUUUGAGUGUCGCAUCAAUGUUCACACCUCUUGCGCCAGUUGUUAUUGCAUCAGCUGUUGCUGGUGCUGGUGUAAGUGGUGCUUGGACAAUUGGCCGAAGUUCUCAACAAUUAAUAGACCGCAGUAAUCACGAAGAAUCUAUUUAUCUUUUUGACAAUGAAGCAUUUCCACAUUAUCUUGGCAUAGCCGGCACCACAUUUGGUUUAGGAGCAGUUGGAGGAACAGCGAUUAUUUCUAAAGCUGCUGCACGCGGUAUGACAGUAAAUACCUUUGCAAGGGGUGUAUUCAAUACUAUACAAGGUGGCAACCUGUUCUUGAACGGCGUUGGUGUGGCAUAUCAGGGUUAUAAUAUGAUAAACAAAUAUAUAACGGAGGAAACAAUUAGUGUCGUAGAUGCAUUAAAUUUAGCAACGCAUCUCAUGUUUUUCUGUAGCUCUGUAGUAAAGAUUGAAUUCGCCAACGAUAUUAUUAAAAAUACUCAAGGUAGAGUUAUCAAUGAUUACAGGGAAAGUUUGAGCUCUAAACGUCUGCGCAAAAAGUUCAAUCGCGUUAGAAGUAAAGCUGCCGUAAAUAAUACAAGUAAAAUAUUCGAGAAUGCGGAGGUGAUUCGCUACAUAAAACAUCGUCAAGAGUUAUUGCCUAAUCAGCCUGUAAUUAACAGUGGUAACCAGGUAUUAGACAAUACUUCACGUAAUAUCGCAUGGUCGUUUGAAGGUGGCACACUAAUGGUCAAUGAUAUCAAAUUAUUAGAUCCUAUCGAGUAUGUUACUAGCCUUAUAAGUCUGGGUAUAUUUAUCGACGAUCAAAACAAUUCCACUGAAAGUCCUCAAAACGGUGCUAAUGACGAUAACGCUGAAAAGUUAUUAAAAGUAUUAUGUGAUUUAUUAUCGAAGUUCUAUACAAGCGAUGAUUGUCCUAAAAGCAGGAAACUACCGAUAGUGCCAGAUUUCGAACGGCUAAUAAGGGAAAUGAGUUCCAUGCGUAUUGAUGAAGAUUGUUUAAAGAUGCUGUUUAAAAUCACUGAAAAAUUAAUGAAACAUUCUAAAAAUAUGGAGGACUUUUUAAUUCAAACAUUUACUUUUGUUUGGCAAUAUUGUAAAGCGAACUUGAAGCAGUGGGGCAUGAGCUUAUCCUAUUGCACACAAAGCGUUUCUGGUAGUAACAUUUUGCAAAAGAUUAUCAGGGCAGUUUUUGAAGCAAUUGAUAUGAUACUUAAUAAUUUGUUCCAUGCGUUUGUGAUGUACAUGGAUUCCAAUAUGGACAGAUAAAUCGAGAAUAUAAAUUCUAAUAUUAAAAACAAAUUAAAAAAAUAUUGCGCACAUUAGCUUUUAUAGCAGUAUGUCAUAAUAAUAAUUUUGAUAGAAAUAUAUUAUUGGUAGAAAACGAAUAAAAUUUAAGCUUUAGAGUAGAAUAAUAAAAUCUUGAGCACACAGCUCUGUACGACUGAUUACGAGAUAUAUCAUUAUCAUAUAAUGAAAAUCAAACACAUAGAAAAUAAAUGUAAUAUAAAUUAUAUUGGUUGAAAUCAAAUUUCUGUUGAGAAAUUUACAUGGGUGUUGGCACGUAAAUUAUAUAAUUUAAAUUAUUAUUUGUUUAUAGAAAAUGUCUUGAAUUUGAUAGACAUCAAUUUUAAAUUAUAUAAUGUAUAGUCAAAUGUAAAGGUAUCAAUACUUUUUAAGACAAAUAUUUAUAAUUUCUAAACAAAAAGUAUAAAUGUAAAAGUAAGGCAUAAAUAUUUAUUAAUUUUUCUAAUUUGCUAAACAUAUAGCUAUGUCUCAUCAAAGAAUGAGUCUACUAACAUUAUUUUUUGUGAAGAAUUUGAUAUUCUCUUUUAUCUUGAACACAUUAAAAUAUUUCUAUUUUCGAUGCAUUUAAAAUCUUGCAUUAAUUGGAUCUAACAAUCUUGAAAAGUAUUAUGUAUAUAUAAUAUAUUUUUUUGAAACAUCUUUUAGAGUAAUAUUUUAAAUAAAUGAAUAAUAUAUAUUUUUGAAAUAUAUAUGAAUUAUGGAGAAGAGCAACUUUUACAAUUUGAAAUAAUAUCAAAUCAUUAAAAAUAUACUGCAUAUGAAUGUGUGCCUUAUAUUUUAAUAUUUUAAUACAUUUAUAUAUAUGUUUUCAGAUUAUAUGAUUAUUAUCAAACAUUGUUAAACAAUAAAUGUUCUCUAUUUCCUUA